AUGUCGGGGGAAUCAGUAGCUCGAAGAGAGUCAUUUUCAAUGUUUCAACGAGAAUUGAAAGAGCCAAUUGAGCUGCGAAUUGUGACAUUGAAUGCUUGGUGUUUGCCUCAACCAUGGCCAAUUGGAAGUGCAGAUCGAUUGAAAAGAUUGGAAAAAAUUGCCGAUUAUAUGAUUGAAGAAAGUUUUGAUAUUGUUGGAUUGCAAGUGAGUUAGAAUUUGAAAAAAAAUUCAGAAGUUUCUCUGAAUUUAUUGGGAAAAAGUAAAAACCUAGAACUUAAAAAAAAUGAAAAUUUUAUAGAAAUAACAACCUUGCUAAAAAAAUGAAAAAUUUCCGGAAUUUUUUAUUUAAAUUCUGAAGACAACUUUUUGCUAGAAUUCAAGCUUUCAAAACUUGUGGAUUUUUUUCCUGAAAAAAUUUUGCAAUGUCAUUUCCAAAGCUAAUUUUUUUAAUCUUCGAAUUUGUAUUUCUCUCCGGGAUUUUCUCAGGAUUACUGUAGCUGGUCCUAUUUUUUCGAAAAAUAAAAAUUGAAAAAAAUGAUGUUGUACGUGAAGAUCCUAAUUUUCCCAUUUUAUUUUAUUUUCAAAAAUUUUGGAAGUUCUCUCAAGUAUUAUUUUCGGUGUUUUUCAAUCUCCAAUAUUAUUUUUUUCCAGGAACUUUGGAGUUAUUAUGAUUUUGUUCGCCUUUCCGAACAAGUAUCCGGAGCAUAUCCAUUUUUCCAUUAUUUUCAUUCUGGUUUCACUGGAAGUGGUGUUUGUGUUUUUUCGAAACAUUCGAUCACAUCAACAUUGACUCAUAGGUUGGUUUUUCUUCUUUAAAAAAAAAAAUUUCUUUUGAAAAGCUGAAGAGGUGAAAUAUAAAUUCGAAUUGUUUUUUCACUCCAAAAAAUUGCAGAUAUUCUUUGAAUGGAUUUGCUCAUCAUAUUCAUCGCGGUGAUUGGUUUGGCGGAAAAGUUGUUGGAUUAGUUGAACUUGAAGUCGGAGAUAUUCGUGUAAAUUUUUAUUCGACACAUUUACACGCGGAAUACGAUCGAGAAAAUGAUUUGUAUCUUCCACAUCGAACAUCGCAAUCUUUUGAAUUGAGUCAAUUUGUGAGACAUACUGCACGAGGAGCUGAUGUUGUUAUUGUAACUGGUGAUUUGAAUAUGGAACCAUGUGAUUUGGGUUUUCGAUUGAUUCUUACACAAGCAAAAUUGUUUGAUGCUUGGAGAAUGAGUCAUGAAGUUGGAGUUGGAGAUGGAGAUGAAUUAGAAGGAUUGAAUAAAUGUAGAGGAAUUGGAAGAGGUGGAACUUGUGAUCGACCAGAUAAUAGUUAUACAAAAAAAGCAUUGAAAGAUGUUGAUGAAAGUAAAAGAAUUGAUUAUGUAUUAUUUAAAAGUGGAAGAUGUAAUGUGAAAUUGGAAGAAUGUGAAAUAACAUUGAAUCAAAUACCAAAUGAUACAAUUUGUUAUUCUGAUCAUGUUGGUCUUUAUGCGAGAUUUACAAUUGAUUCAAAUACAAAAAGACAAGAAAGUGUUAAUUGGGAACCAAAUCGACCAUUAUUGAUUGAAGCAAUUGGAAUUGUAUCAGGUGGUGAAAGAAGAGCAAGAUAUGAUCGAAUGUUCUUUUUUGCAUUGGCUGCCAUUUGUUUGAUUCUCAUACUUGGAUCUUUGUUUUUGGAAUUCUUCCCGCUAUUUUUAGCUGUAGUACGGUUAGUUUUCUCUUCUUUUUUUCGCUUUCUCAAAUAAUUUUCUUAAAUUUAAUACUGAAAAAUCCAAAAUUUGUGAAAAAUAGAAAUUAGAGAGAAAAAACCAAAAUUCAAAAAUUUGGUCUUAAAAAUUCAAAAUUGAGAGAAAUGUCAAAUUUGAGAUGAAAACUUUGUUUGAGAAUUUUUGUUCGGAAAAUUGAUCCUCAAAAAUGUUGGCUCUCUUCCCCCUCCCCCAUUUUGUUUUUAUAAAUCCCAAAAUUACUAUCUCUUCAGAUUCAUCCUAACUGUGUUGGCAGUUUUCUAUGUUUGGCAAGGUUUGAUUGGUUUGACACUCGAAAGAAAAGCAUUGAAGGCCGCCAAACAAUCAAUGCAACAAAUUUUGAAUAAUUAG